CGGAGCGAGGAACUGCUGUGAGUCCUAUGGCAGCUUCCGGUGUCAAUCAACCAUCUCUGAUGGAGAGUGACAAAGAUAUAUACGGCGAUUUCACCGUAUUUACCGGCUCAUCCGAGCAGGACGUCAUGUGCUGUAAAAUCUUCUGGAAUUCGGUGACUUUACAGCCGCCGCUGGAAUCCAGACUGGUGUCCGGGGACAUGGAGCAGCGACUGAAAGCGGCCGGCAGCCCGAAACUGCGAAGGAACUCUGCUCAGCAACAAUUGUUAGAAGAUCUCAAAACUGAAUAUUUCAUACUUGAAGCUCAGAAAGAGGAACGACUGAAGCAGAAAGCAGUUUAUCUAGAGAAGGCCAAAAGAAGAGAAGAGAUUAUAGCACUUUUGAAGAAACAAAGAGAAGAUCGGAUGAAGAAAGAAGCUGUUUCUCUGGCAUAUAAACCAGUCAUGAAAGAGAGAGAGUCAAGGUAAGUCCACGAUCCCGGAGUACUGGAAGAUAUAAAGGCCGUUGAGCAGCUUAAAUAAUAAUAAUAUAAUGUGUAUAUGGUGAGGUGUAUACCGUGGAUCUUCACACCAGCCCCAUCAUCAUGUUCUGCACAAUUACCUUCUUCAGAACCAUAGGGCCAUGCUCGCAUGUUACCCUCCAAAAACAGGAUACUUUGUUGACUAUUACUUAAUCCUUGUUUUGUUACAAUUGUAAAUACUAGUUCACAAUGUGCAAGAGAUGUU